ACCCUCAUCCCCUGAAAACAGCCAUCCCCUAAGCGAUCACCAACUGCCACACACACACACACACCAUCACAACAACAAAAUAAAACAGAAGGGGGGGGGAAGCAGUCCCCCCAGAAGCCCAGCCCAGCACUGAGACCACUUGGGAUGUGUCUGCUUCCCCCUCUAGUCGGUGUGUUACAUUCCAGAAGAACGAAAGCUCAGGCCAGCUGAGCCACACCACUAAAACUUUAAGAAGAAUUUCUGGGCGGGGGGUGAUUCCCCCCCCUCCCCCUUUUCUCUGUCGGAGCAAAAGAUUUCUCCGUUGUUUUUGCAGCCCGGGGCUGGGAAGGAGAGUCCUGCGCCCUAACGGAGGAAGAAGACACACGCGUCUACUGCAGCUCGCGGGACUUCGCUUCGCUCAGCCCAGAAAAGGGGGUGGCCCGGCUUUGAUUUGUGUGUCUGUUUGAAACCCAACCGCCCCAGAGUGACUCCGGAAUGGCAACUUUACCCGGGACAGUUCCCAGAAUGAUGCGCCCCGCGCCGGGACAGAACUACCCGCGCACUGGGUUUCCUUUGGAAGUGUCGACUCCUCUGGGCCAGGGCCGAGUGAACCAGCUCGGCGGGGUGUUCAUUAAUGGCAGGCCCUUGCCAAACCAUAUCCGCCACAAGAUAGUGGAGAUGGCCCACCACGGCAUCAGACCCUGCGUGAUCUCCAGGCAGCUGCGAGUCUCCCAUGGCUGCGUCUCCAAAAUCCUUUGCAGGUAUCAGGAGACCGGCUCCAUCCGUCCCGGAGCGAUCGGAGGGAGCAAACCCAGGCAGGUUGCCACUCCCGACGUGGAAAAGAAAAUCGAGGAGUACAAGAGAGAGAAUCCAGGGAUGUUUAGCUGGGAAAUCCGAGAUAGACUCCUGAAAGAUGGGCACUGUGACAGGAGCACUGUUCCCUCAGUGAGUUCGAUUAGCCGAGUGCUAAGAAUCAAGUUCGGGAAGAAAGAGGAAGAGGAGGAUUGCGACAAGAAGGAGGAAGAUGGGGAGAAAAAAGCCAAGCACAGCAUAGACGGCAUUUUGGGCGACAAAGGUAACAGGCUGGAUGAAGGCUCAGAUGUUGAGUCUGAACCGGACCUACCCUUGAAACGAAAGCAGCGCCGUAGCCGGACCACCUUCACAGCCGAGCAGCUGGAGGAGCUGGAGAAGGCCUUUGAGAGAACCCACUAUCCAGAUAUCUACACACGAGAGGAACUAGCCCAGAGGACCAAACUCACAGAGGCCCGAGUACAGGUGUGGUUCAGUAACCGAAGAGCCAGGUGGCGCAAGCAAGCAGGAGCCAAUCAGCUGGCAGCUUUUAAUCACCUGUUGCCAGGGGGCUUUCCGCCAACUGGAAUGCCGACUCUACCACCCUAUCAGCUGCCAGAUUCCACCUACCCAACCACCACUAUUUCCCAAGAUGGGAGCAGCACCGUGCACAGACCCCAGCCCCUGCCACCAUCCACCAUGCACCAGGGAGGGCUGGCAGCUGCUGCCGCCGCUGAUACCAGUUCUGCCUACGGGGCCCGACACAGCUUCUCCAGCUACUCGGACAGUUUCAUGAACCCUGCAGCUCCCGCCAAUCACAUGAACCCUGUCAGCAAUGGCCUCUCUCCACAGGUGAUGAGCAUCCUAAGCAACCCGAGCGGCGUUCCACCACAGCCCCAGGCCGAUUUCUCCAUCUCUCCCCUCCACGGUGGUUUGGACACCACCAACUCCAUCUCUGCCAGCUGCAGCCAGCGGAGCGACUCCAUCAAGUCUGUUGACAGCCUCCCCACCUCGCAGUCCUACUGCCCUCCCACCUACAGCACCACUGGUUAUAGCGUGGACCCCGUGGCCAGCUACCAGUACGGACAGUAUGGACAAACUGCUGUCGACUAUUUGGCCAAGAAUGUGAGCCUGUCUACACAGCGCAGGAUGAAGCUGGGAGAACAUUCAGCUGUGCUGGGCCUCCUACCGGUAGAGACAGGCCAGGCUUACUGAAGAGUCCAUCUGUGCCAACAACCCACUCCAGCAACCUGGUACCACCGGAGAAAACACCACCAGCAGCUUUCCAGGGUUCCACCUCUGCCCGGACCCCGCUCCUUUCCAAAUCCCCACCACUCUGCACGAAUGCAAGCUGUGAAGGAGAUGGAAAAGAGGGGGGAGGGCUCUCCAUGUAUCCAGUUCCUUACCAAGCACUCUUCUAAGAUGCUAACCCGCCUCUUUAACCGUGACUCCUUCUGUGGCCAGAGACAAUGGGUUGGAUACAUUUAUUAACCCUAAUGUUCAUGCCCUCCCUCCAGCCCACCUGGUCAGCUUGGCAUACUGCCCACACUUAAUGACUUUCCAUUGAUCUCGGUAGUUGGCACAGUCAAUGCUGAAUUUCUUUUUCCAUUGUGAAAUAUAUAUUUUUAUUUUCCUCCCUCUUUUUUAUUGUAGUAACUUGGUGGACAUUGUAUAGAAGGAGUAACCAAGCUGAUCACUAAGGGUGAUGUCAUUCGGGACCAAAAGACCUUUGGACCAAAUAUAAGAAGGUGUUUAAAAAACAAAUGAAAGUUACAGCAAGCCUGCCCACCUCCCACGCUGCUGAUAGGAUCCCGUAGCAAGGAAAAAGUAGGCAGGGAUGUUGCUCCACAUGGGAGGGAUUCAAUAGAUGCUAUAAAUGUUCCAAUGCUCCUGGGACCUUUGGAAAGCAUAAAUGUAAAUUGUUGAGCGGGGUUAUGAGAAUUUGGGGGCAGGUAUGAGCCACGCUCACUUUUCCUCUUAGGGACCAACUAGAUCCUGACAGGAUGGUGUGGGGCUGGCUGAAAACCACUUGCAUCCAAUAGCAGCAGGAGAUUCAGUAGGAAAUGUUGGCACAUGUGCUUGAGGAGGGCUGGCGUGGACAGUGUUUGGGCCAGGUGGUGUCUGACUGGGCAGAGUGAGAACUGAACAAGGACCUUCUUUCUUUCGCUCAGCGAGUUUGAUCCUGGCAGUGUGGGAGAGUGACUGUGUAUGUCGGCAAGGGAGGUGCACUGCCUAAUGGUGCUGUAGCUGAGCCUGGGUCUGGCCUAGCUGGAGACACUUCAGCUUUCAGAACUGGGUCCUUCUGCUGCUAGAACAUGAUUGAAAUGAAAUGAGACUCUUUCUGAAGGAGCCUGUCAGGGAUGUCUCCCGUCAAGCGAAGGCCUGAGGGACAAGUUAGUCGCUGGGAUGGAGGAGGUGCAUUAGCUAAGGCACAGUGCCACACAAAACUGGAAUGUGCAUCAUGAACUGGGGAGACAGAGGGCUGUAGGAAUGGUCUGACCACGACAGUCUGUCUCCAACUGGCCAGAGAGAGAGGGAGGCAUAAACCCACAUAAUGCCCCUGUUUGUGCUGUACUGGACAGUAGAGGAAAGACUCUUGUGCCCUUAUGCACACAACUCUUUAUUUCCCAAUCUACCAGGAUAAGUAUUUGUCUCUUACCUUAAGUAACUCGUCCUUUUCACCAUCCUCUGGUCCUUUUCUGGACAGGUUGGUCUCUUGGUCUCUUCUCUUCAUAUUUCUGUGUUGUUUAUUUUGGAGGUGCUUUCUCUCUAGGCCUCAGAUUUUGUUGUUGUUCAGAUUUGCCUCCCUCUUUUCUGUAGCAUACAGCACUCUUUCCUCUGUACCAACCCAUGAUCCUGCUCAGCUCAAUGUUCAGAUAAACCCAGCUGGGAAUAACAAGUUAUAUAUGAGUCACGAACCAUGUGGAGUUUGUACAAUUUAUUUAUAUGGUGUGGUAACAAUCUUCACUCCCCCCGAUAAAAUGCUGUAGCAGAUCCCUAAACAUUUAGACUUUCUUCACUCUCUGAUUGCAUUUAAAUGACUCACCUCCAAGAACACACUUCUGUUUACUCAUCACCCUGAAGAGGAUGGGGAAAGCUGCCAUUGAAACAACCCAUCCUGCUCCUUUCCUUUAAAUGAACUUGUGCCAGCCAGUGAUUAAUUUGUGAGGUCCAACGUUCAGUGGAUUGGCAGCAGAUGCUGCAUGCUGGGUCAGUCAGAUACAACUUUCUGGUGUCUAUAUUGGACGUAUCUUCAGUGGAGUUGAGAGAUGUGGGGGGACCUAGUUGCUACCUCCCAGUGACAGAGGAUUAAAGGGCGAGUGAGGGGGGCGGAUUUCUUCCCUGCAUCCUUCAGCUUCUUCUUUUUGCAUUUCCCUCAAACCAUCAGUCCUGUCUUUACACCUGAAGCAGCAUCUUCUGGGCUAUUUCAGGCUUUCUGGUGCCUUGCCUUUGGCUGCAUUUUAUAGUUAACCACAAAGUUGCCAACUCCCGUGGACAUGGCAACCCACAUGGGCAAAUUGCCAGUUCUUAGCCAAAGCAGAUUUUUGCUUCAUGGGUUGCUCUGUAUUGCAUCAGACACCGUCCAUGGCUUUCGUCCAGCCCACUGCUUCACUGGGAUUUGUUGUUCCGAACUCCUGGAAGCAUUUUAACACACAAGAUUCAUCUCUCUUAUUUAUACACAAACACUGCUGUCCAGUUGCUGGGAUGCUAACAAUUGCACACAGAAUCCUCUGCAAUGAUUUGUACAGGGAAUCCAAAUCCCUCCUUUUACUUGUCCAACUGUGCAACAAAUAAAAUGGUGAUUCCAGGCUUUCCCCUCGACUACAGGAGAAUUUCCUGGGAUCACAGAACUUCCUAGUUCUUGCAUUUCACAAUGCCAUUUCCAAGACUAAAUACUGCAUAUAAAGCGGAAGUUGAUGAGGACAAGAAUCCUGGUUUCUUAGAGGUUACUAGCGAACUGAGAUAUGAUAGACAAGAGGUGUUGCCCAAAGCUAGCGUUAUAGAAAAGGAAAAUGGAGAGUUAUGUGCUUUUGGUUUGGAUCUGAAAUGAGGAAGAGCAACUUUUGAAUCCCACUUCUGGCUUGACUGUCCCUCAGAGUAAAUAUAACAACAUUUUUCAGAGUAGCAGCUGUGUUAGUCUGUAUCCGCAAAAAGAAAAGGAGUACUUGUGGCAACUUAGAGACUAACAAAUUUAUUUGAGCAUAAGCUUUCGUGAGCUACAGCUCACUUCAUCAGAUGCAUGCAGUGGAAAAUACAGUGGGGAGAUUUUAUAUAAAUAGAGAACAUGAAACAAUGGGUGUUACCAUACACACUGUAACGAGAGUGAUCAGGUCAGGUGAGCUACCAGCAGGAGAGAAAUAUAAUAACAUUAUUAUCCCAACCACAUCUAACCUGGAGAAUCAAAGGAACAUCUGGAAACAAAGCAGAUGCUAGGGUGUUUCUAUGAGAUAGUCCAUGGGGUCAGUGACUGAAACAUCCAUUUUAACCUGCUCUAAUACCUCAUGGUUACCUGCGGGUUUUGAACAGACACCGGUAAGUACUGCUGCAGCAAUAGAACAUGUGCAUUUGGGGAUGUAGCUGUAUGCCAUGAGCUGCAUUAAUCAGCAAAAAAUAUUGACAGCUCAGUGACCCAAGAAGCACCAAAGAAGGGCUGUCAUGCCUUAGAAAUGUACAAACUGGUAUGUCUUGGUGCUGUUAGGAAAUGUAAUGUACAGAGGGAAAAUGUUAGUCCCCUGUAUUAAAUGAGCAUUGUUAUCACUGCAGCCAGUCAAAAAGCUCUAAUCAUAUCCCAAGUCCUAAAAGCCAUUUUAUACUUCAACUAAUUAAAGCCAUUUUUGACCAAACUGAUUUCUUGUCAUCUGCUACAUGUUACAACCAGCAGGAAAGACCCAACUUGUAACGAGAAACGGUUGGCCAAUGAUGUCGCCCACAGAAAGGUGCACUUCCUCUUUUCCCUGCCUUGUUUUCUUGUGUACUUGUGUGUGCAUAUAUACAAAAGCAAGAGACACACAACCGCUCCCAGUCUGUAAGAUGGCCCCCAACAACAUACAGCAGGUUCUAGUAGUGGGUAUGUUGUUAACAGACAACUUCAGUUAAGCUAAGAGCCAGAGUGCAGGAGCCUAAGAUAAAGAGUCUGAAAAAGAGGGAUCAUUAUAGAAAUCUGUUUACCAGUUACCUUCACCAGAAAGUCCACGAACAUCCUGGCUGCUGCUGUAAAUAGAGUUCUGAGAGGAAUAUGAAAAACGCUCCAUGCGAAUAGCUAUUCUCUGACCCUCUCCCUGAGGUCGCACUUAUGUACAUUAGUUGGAUAUUUGGUCAUGUGCUGUAUGUUUAUAGAAAGUUGAGUUUUUUUAUAUACUAAAAACACAGUGAGUGCUGUGCUUAGUUUAAAAAAAACGGGGCAAAUGGUAGAAAUUUGCAUAUUGUGUGUUUUCAAAAUACAUUCCAGAAUCUUUGGGGUGGGAUGGGCUUGUUUUUGUGUGGGGGGGGUGUUUUUUUUUGUGUUUUAAUUUUUUUAAGGUACAUUAAUGUAUGAAAGUCAAAAGGUUUUGUUUUGUUUUUGUUUUGUUUUAUGGAUUGCCAACCUCAGUUCUGCUGAAAAAAAAAGAGAAACUUGGGGGAUGAGGUGGGGAAGCAAAAUGGAGGGAGAGAUGUCCUAAAGGCGAAGCGCUAGGAAGGGUGGAACCGCGGCUCUUGGCAACGGGCAAGCAUUGGACUCACAGGAGCCUGGAGAACGCCUGGCCAGAGUCACUUGAAGUGAAACGAACUGGCCUUGAGCAGACAUUCCAAUCAUGGGGACGCAAGGACACCUGGGAACCCAAACAAAUCCCGCGCUUAAUAAAACAAACCAACUGAAGGACACAUUCAAUGGACAUUCUCUCAGGUUGAUUUUUUCCCAUGCCUGUGAACAUGAUCCUUGUGGGAAAAGAAGUAACGGAUUUGCUCUAUCUCCCCACCCACCGGCACCAUUCCAAGACCAUGCUGGUCACUAUCUCACCAUGUUCUGCAGCUCAGCAGAUUAGCCCCUGUUGCUCAGAGACUUUGUGUAUUUAAUGCUUCUAACCCAUCACCCCUAACACCUCCAUAUACCCAUCUGGGGAAUAUCUACAUAGCACUAUAGAACAUUCCUUAUUCCUAGUAACUGCGGAUAUGUUGCUUCUGUGUUUGACUCAUAGCCAUUUUGCUCCAUGUGUAUGCGUGUGUGUGUGUGAGUGUGUGUGCGUGUGUGUGUGUGUGUGUGUGUAUAUAUAUAAUCGCACCAUAAUUUAUUCAGCUAUAUGGAGUAGUAGAAUAGAAAGAGAAACUGGUAUUUGCUUUAACUACCUGCUGCCUGUAGGUGUCUCUCUGUAACUCAGGCAUAACUGUUAUACAUUAAAAAAAAAAAGAAUUAAAAGUGUCUUUGGAGGAAUUAGUUCAUUCACUUCACUAUGUGUCACACAAUAAAAUGGGUGCUGCA